GACGUGCCAUAUCCACACACGUGCUAAUGAAACGUUCUUCUGCUAUCACACACUGACCAGACCGUGCCUGAAAUGGAGAACGCUCCUUGGAAUUGCGGGCAUUACGCCAUGAUUAAGUCACGAUAGCCUGUUAAUUUUCCACGUUUUGUCUUAUUACAUUGUUAGGUAUACAUAUUUGUUAUAGCCCCUCCCAAGCACUGCUUUUUUGUUACAUUUGGACACAAGCAUGGGGAAAUCAAAGACCAAACAUCAGAAGAAAUCUAGAUUACAAGCGAAUCAUGUGGCAGAAGAGACGUAUGCUUCUGCCCCACAUUCCUUCGUGUUUCAACGUGGGAAGGUUGGUAAGAAUGUCGGCCAACUAGUGAUGGACAUGCGGCGUGUCAUGGAGCCCUUUACAGCAGAGUCACUCAAGGUCAGGAAGAAAAACGUUCUCAAGGACUUUGUGUCAAUAGCUGGACCCUUGGGAGUAACACACUUUGCAAUAUUCAGCAAGACGCCCAGCAGUAUUAAUAUGAGGCUGGCUCGGCUGCCCAAGGGCCCCAUGCUUCACUUCCGCGUGAAGAAGUUCUCCCUCAUCAAAGAUGUGGUGUCUUCUCUGAAGAAGCACAGGAUGCAUGACCAGCAGUUCACCCAUCAUCCACUGCUGGUCCUCAACAACUUCAGCACAGAUGGCAUGCAUGUCAAACUCAUGGCCACCAUGUUUCAAAACAUGUUCCCGUCCAUUAAUGUGCAUAAGGUAAGCCUUAAUGCCAUUAAGAGGUGUGUUCUGCUGAACUACGAUCCUGAGUCACAGGAGAUAGAAUUUCGUCACUACAGCCUGAAGGUGGUGCCUGUGGGCAUGAGCAAAGGCGUCAAGAAGCUGAUGCAGGAGAGAUUCCCUAACAUGAACAAGUUGGAGGACAUCAGUGAGCUGCUGAUUAAAGGCGCGAACCUUUCGGAGAGUGAAGCAGAGCAGGAUGGAGACCACAACAUCACUGAACUGCCCCAAGUCUACUCUGGGAGAGGAAACAUGGCGGCAGAGCAGAGCGCUGUGCGAUUGACGGAGAUUGGUCCCCGUAUGACCCUGCAGCUGGUGAAGAUAGAAGAGGGCAUGGGGGAGGGCAGCGUCCUCUACCAUGCAGUCAUCUCAAAGACUGAAGAGGAAAUUCAGGAGAUCCUCAACCGGAAAGAGGCCCAGCUGAAAGAAAAGAGUCUGCGCAGGAAGAAGCAGGAGAAGAAUGUGGCCGAGAAAAAAGAGAGACAGGAGGAGAACAAGAAAAAGAGCUUGGCGGGUAUUAAGAGGAAGCACCAGGAGACUGAGGAGCAUGACAGUGAGGUAGAGGAUCCUGGGAUGCAGGAGGGCCAGACUGCAGCCUGCGAAUCCGAUGACGAGGUUGAAUACUACCGACAGGCUGUGGGGCAGGAGCCUGAUGAAGACAUGUUCCCUGCUUCCAAGAAAAGGAGAGAUUCGAGCAGACCCCCAAGACCCUUUAAGAAGAGGACACAGUCUCCUGGUGCUGAGAACAAGCAUAGUUCACACAGCAAGUCAGCGAGAAGACCUGGUCCAGGCGGUCCGCCGAGAGACAGAAGGGGAGGCGAUGGGGAGAGGAGGGGAGGGAAGACAUUUGGGGAGAGGCAGGGAGGGAAGAAAUUUGGGGACAGGGGCAAACAUUUUGAGGGCAAAAUGGGACCUGGUGGUAAGAGAUUUGGGGGAAAGAAACGUGAGGAUGCAGACAAAUUUGGAGGGAAGAAAAGGUUUGACGGAGGAAAGAAAUUUGGUGGAAAGAAAACAGGGGACAAGACUUUCAAAUCUAAUGGCCAAAAAGGCAAACCUCAUCCAGGCUUCAAGAAGAAGGGUACGGGUGGAGGAGCAAAGCAAAGCUUCAAACCGAGGAAGGGCAAAAGCUGACAUUCUCACGGUAGAAAUCUGUACUAGCAGACAUGGGGUGCACUGUCUUGCUGUACCACCAGGGGGCCUUCAUUGACAUGAACCUGGUGUUACUUAUAAACUGAUGUCACUGGGUUAUGCAAGUUAACCAGUUCUUGAAAGGAAACUGUAUUGCAUCAGAAGGAGGACUUUUCAGUGACAAUUCAGUGAUGCUGUUUUCUACCAUGUAAAAUAUUUGUAAAAAUGAUUUUGUUGAUAAAGGGUUGAGAUGUACGCAAUAUCUAAGACUUAUUUGUGAACUUAUUUGGUAGUUCUACCUGUGACAUAUACAUGACUUAAGUACAUAAAUUAGAUUAAAAACAUCCAUGUUGACACUUCCUCAAUUUGUGACUUAAAGAACAGAGCCCAAAGCCGGAAAUUAUUCCUCUAACUGUUUUGAAUACGGAAGUGGUGGUGGUGUGGUUGUCAUCUGCAUUGUAAAUCUGUACUGACAAUGUGUGAGUAAAGAAAACGUUGCUGUUGCAAGCGUCUUAAUAGCCAUCAGAGUCGCUUGCUGUGGAAAAAGCCAAGAUGACAAUGUAGGCCUAUAGAGGAGUUUGAGGACACCUUUAUGGUAUGAAACAUCUUUGCUUUGCUGUAUUUUAUGAUAUGUGAAUGGUACAAACCGACACAAUAAUGUAUGUACGAUGAAUAAUUUAAAUAAAAAGACCAAAUUAGACCAUCAGUCCUCUGCACCGUGUUUCAGGGACAGCCGUGCCUGUGGGGGGCGCUCGAACUUUCGUCGGGUACGACAUUUUCUUUUGCUCACGUCCCCUUUCCGAUGUUCUCUGGCCGCUGAGCGCACCGCGAGGAUGCCGUCGAACGAAUACGACGAUUCCAAGCCCAGCUGGGCCGAUCAGGUUGAAGAGGAAGGAGAUGAAGGUACCCUACCAUUAUCAAAAGAAACUAUCAAAGGAAAUA